AGAGUGUCCCCGUGGGCCGGGCGCACUUUUUUUCUUGUCCCGGUGCGCAGAGGGCCGCCUGGUGCCUGAGAGGAAACAGUGGAGGCAGCAGGGCAGGUCACCCGGGGCGUCGGCGAUUAUAUUGCGGCCAAGCCGGCGCGCGCAGGGAGAGGCCGGGCGGGCGGCGAGCGCGGGGGCUGGGUGAGGCCCCGCGACCCACAAGGGAGGCGGUGCGAGGCCGAGGCGGCGGGAGCCAGAGCCGGGCAUGAGCGCCCAGUAAGCGAGCGCCCGCGGCUGCCGAGCCUCAGAGGCGACGGCCGCCCUAUUUCGGCCCCGGGCCGCCGCCGCCGCCGCCGCCCCGAUGAGCUCGUACUUCGUGAACCCGCUGUACUCCAAGUACAAGGCGGCGGCCGCGGCCGCGGCGGGCGAGGCCAUCAAUCCCACUUACUACGACUGUCACUUCGCGCCUGAGGUCGGCGGCCGCCACGCCGCCGCCCUGCAACUCUAUGGCAACAGCGCCGCUGGCUUCCCGCACGCGCCCCCGCAGGCGCACGCGCACCCGCACCCGUCGUCGCCGCCCGCCGGGCCGGGUUGCGGUGGUGGGGGCGGCCUGGGCCCCGGCCAGGACUACUACCACCCCGGCGGGGGCAGCCCGGCCGCAGCCUACCAGGCCGUUCCCCCUCCUCCUCCGCAUCCUCCGCCGCCGCCUCCCCCCUGCGGCGGGAUUGCCUGUCACGGGGAGCCCGCGAAGUUUUACGGAUACGAUAACUUACAGAGACAGCCGAUUUUUACGACCCAGCAAGAGGCCGAGCUGGUACAAUAUCCUGACUGUAAAUCGUCCAGUGGUAAUAUUGGCGAGGACCCAGACCACUUAAAUCAGAGCUCGUCUCCUUCUCAAAUGUUUCCCUGGAUGAGACCACAAGCUCCUGGUCGACGAAGAGGAAGACAAACCUACAGUCGUUUCCAAACCCUAGAGCUGGAGAAGGAAUUCCUUUUUAACCCUUAUCUGACCAGAAAGAGAAGAAUCGAGGUUUCCCACGCCCUAGCCCUCACAGAGAGACAGGUAAAAAUCUGGUUCCAGAACAGGAGAAUGAAAUGGAAAAAGGAGAAUAACAAGGACAAAUUCCCAGUUUCCCGACAGGAGGUGAAGGAUGGGGAAACUAAAAAGGAAGUCCAAGAGCUGGAGGAAGACAGAACUGAAGGCCCCACGAAUUAACUUCUACCUUUAAAAAUUUACCACAGACUAUUAAAGCUAAUGAUCAACAUAUGCUGGUGGGAUACCACCUAUUUUCUUUGUUGAAAGACUUUACCUGUAUUUCAAGCUACCUUCAUGCCACUGCUCUUGAGGUUUCUGCGCUUUGAGAGGGAUUUGGGUGUUUAAAAAAAUUUCUUGUAUCAAAUAGAAACAGCCCUUGAGCUGUCCUAUGUAAGGGUAAUUUGAUACUGACUUUAUAGUGAAAUUUUUAUAAUGGUAGUUUUUAAUGUCUGAGCUGGUGAUUUGCCUCAACAACAUAAACUUCCUAAUGACUUAGCACUAAAUAAUUGAAUAUAAAAUGCUUUAUUAAUCAAACAAGUGCACUUGAACAUUUAAAAUCAUUUCUUUAUGGUGAGUAAAUUAAAAUAAGUCUAUUAAUUUUUUAAAAAUUAUGCUUGCAGAAUAUUUACUUUAUUUUAUUUGAUUAAAAUGUAUUAUUUAUGUAUUUUCCUUUCUGCUUUUAUAAUAAUGGUUCAGGUGCCUUUUGUUUACUCUUAAGAGGUUUCUUUAUUUUGUAAACGUAGUAUCUCUGGGAAGAGUCUGGGCCAAAUAUUUGAAAAGCACAUGUUAACUGAAGAGUGUAAUGCGUAGUCUCGGCUCUGCAGUUUCCUUAAACUUGGGGGGAAAUGUUGGGCCAGUGACAAAAGUUUCAGGGCAAUGUCAAAGUUGACAUUUAAUAAUUUUUUCUAUAGUCUAUGCAGAUAUGACAAUUUAAUAAUCU